AGCCCGGGAUCCCUACUCCUUUCCGCCGCUUCUCUCUUUCUCUGUCGCUCUCUUUUCUCCGUUUCUUUCUCUUUUAUUCCUUUUUAUUCACUUUGCUCGCUCGCGUGCGGAGAGACGGAUGCCUCGUGCGGGGAGACGCACUUUCUUCCUCUUUCUCCUCCUCUUCCUCGUCACUCUGAUGGCGCGAGAGUGUUUGUCAUCUAAAGGAGAGGACAGGCUGUUCCGCCGGCUGUUCAGGAGGUAUAAUCAGUUCAUCCGGCCGGUGGAGAACGUGUCAGAUCCAGUGACGGUGCAGUUUGAGGUCUCAAUCUCUCAGCUCGUCAAAGUGGAUGAAGUCAAUCAGAUUAUGGAGACUAACCUGUGGUUGAGACAUGUAUGGAAUGACUACAAGCUGAAAUGGUCACCAGCGGAAUUUGACGGCAUCGAGAACAUCAGGGUUCCAUCCAGUAAAAUCUGGAGGCCUGACAUUGUGCUGUACAACAAUGCUGUAGGUGACUUCUUGGUGGAAGACAAAACCAAAGCUUUACUCAGGUACGAUGGCACCAUCACAUGGGUUCCACCAGCCAUCUUCAAGUCCUCCUGCCCAAUGGAUAUCACCUACUUCCCCUUCGACUACCAGAAUUGCUCUAUGAAGUUUGGUUCCUGGACCUAUGACAAGGCCAAGAUCGAUCUGGUGUUGAUCGGCUCCAAGGUCAACCUCAAGGACUUUUGGGAGAGCGGCGAGUGGAAGAUCAUUGACGCACCUGGAUACAAGCAUGACAUCAAGUACAACUGCUGUGAGGAGAUAUACACGGACAUCACCUACAGCUUCUACAUCCGCCGCCUUCCUCUAUUCUACACCAUCAACCUCAUCAUUCCAUGCCUCCUCAUUUCCUUCUUGACCGUCCUGGUCUUUUACCUUCCGUCGGACUGUGGUGAGAAGGUUACCCUCUGCAUCUCUGUCCUCCUCUCUCUCACUGUGUUCCUGCUGGUUAUCACAGAGACCAUCCCGUCUACAUCCUUGGUCAUCCCACUCAUUGGCGAGUACCUACUUUUCACCAUGAUCUUCGUUACGCUGUCCAUUGUCAUCACUGUCUUUGUACUCAACGUCCACUACCGAACACCCACUACCCACACCAUGCCUGGAUGGGUCCGCUCCGUCUUCCUUCAGGCCCUGCCUCGCAUCAUGCUGAUGCGCCGUCCCCUUGUUCAGUCAGAAUCUUCAGGGAAGGGUGGCGGACCUGAAAGUGGGGGCUCGUCCGGGAUUGGUGGCAGCGGAGGAGGGGGAAGAGGAGGAGAAGGGAAGAAGCGGAAGAACAGUAGUUCCCAGCAGGGGGCCAUGAACUGUUUGGAGUUUGGCGAGGGCAAGGGUUCAGGGGAAGGGAAAAAAGGGGGCUGUCCAUGCCACCCUUCAAAGGAGGGGCCUGAGGUGGAUUGUGGGAAAGUGAGCCGUCAGUUGAGCCCACAGGCAAUAAAUACAGUGGUAGCAUUUUCAGUGGUUUCGCCAGAGAUCAAACAGGCCAUAGAGAGCGUCAAGUACAUUGCGGAGAACAUGAGGAGCCGCAACAAGGCUAAAGAGGUGGAAGACGACUGGAAGUACGUUGCCAUGGUGAUUGACCGGAUCUUCCUGUGGGUUUUUGUGCUGGUCUGCAUGCUUGGAACGUUCGGCCUCUUCUUCCAGCCUCUCCUUGGUUUUCUCUCGUAACUGCCAGCCAAUCGCAUGCACAGGCUUAACUGUCCCAGCCAAUCAGAGACACGGGACAGUCUGUUUCAGCCAGUUACCCAAAUCACUGACACGACCACUUCUGCUUUGUGAUAAUGAAAAGACACCACAAUAGACUGACAGCUUGGCUCAGCAAACAACCAAUCAGGUGUUGAUGCUCACUACUGUAGUGCGAUAAACAGUGGUGCACUUCUUGCAGUGGUGCAAGGUCCUCGUAAAAGCAAAUUGGCAAAGUCCUAAACUAGUAAACUUUCAGCAAACUUAUUUUGCUUAAAAUAAUUGGCCAAAGGAAGUGGGAACCUCAAGUUUGUGAGCUUUGAAAACCAAUUUCCGAGUUGGCCUGGACCACCUGAAUGCACCAGUCUGUACAGAUCUUUGCCUCUCAGAUGAUUAAUAAUAAUUUCAGAUUCUCAGAUGUAGUUUCUUAAAUCACUUGCAGUACUGCGUGAAAAUCAGAGACCACCUUUCAUUUAUUUAAUUUCCAGUCAGAAGAUAUUUGUGAAAAGAUUUGAAGACAAUAAACUUGCACAAGGAAGAAGAAAGUCCAAAACUAAUUGAAAAAAAAAGCAGGAGUUCAAAAAUGAUCAAGACAUGGCAGACCACCAAAACUGCCCCCAUUAGAUAAACAGCACUUAAAGCUUUCAUCUUUGAGAGAGAGGAGAACAUCAAGCUCCAGGGUCCAGACCUCAACGUCACUGAAUGGGUAAUAGGGAUCACAAGGUUCAUGAGAAAGUACAACCAACUUCUAGGGCUGAACUUUCCUUGACAAGUGUUCCAAAAA